ACGCUCGCCCAGUAGUGCCCACAUGGCAGCUGGACGCAUGCGCAGAGGCAGGGGGUUCAAUAAUGAAGUGAGCCUAAUUCCUCUGAGCAGCCUGGUGCGCAAACUUGGACGCCGACUUAAAAUAAUGUCGUGUCGCGCACAACUAAGCGGUCUCGUCAGUGAAAGCGAGUCCUGGGACGUGCGGCCGAGUUUGUAAAUGUGUUUCAUCGAGUCUGACUAACUCCCCAGCCUUGUUUUCUUGAACUCUUGCUGUGGUAAUGGCCCGCAGUGGCUGAAGUGUUUUGAUCCAGUGACAGCCUGCAAACAGCAGGGAGAGCUGUGCGGCGACCACGCUGCAUUUGAUAAUGAGAGCUUCCAAGGAGUGAAGGAAGUCUUGGAGCUGAUUUCACAGGACGAGAAUAUUUUAACGCAGUGGAUCACAGCGCAAGAACCCAUGGAGGCCUCACAGGACCUCAGCGAGCAGAUGGUGAAGAAAUCACACAGUGAAUCUCAUGUUCCAGAACCUUCGGACAACAGGUCUAUGGAAAUGCAGGACCUAGCCAGUCCUCAUAACCGAGUGGGAAGUGGAGAUUCGACGGGCUGCAAACUGGACAAGAAUAACCUUGGAAGCCCCUCCAUCACCACCAAUGGAACAGGAGUGAAAACAGAGCCUAUGAACAACAGUGAUACGGUCACUACGACAGGCGACACAGUACUGGACACAUACCCAGGCUCAGUAAUCACCAGCAGCGGAUACAGUCCUCGUUCAGCCCACCAGUACUCUCCUCCCCUCUACCCUUCAAAGCCCUACCCUCACAUCCUCUCCACGCCAGCGGCUCCUCCCAUGCCGACAUAUGCCGGUCAACCCCAGUUCAGCAGCAUGCAGCAGUCAACCGUCUAUACCGCCUACUCCCAGACAGGACAGCCCUAUGGACUCUCCACCUAUGACCUCGGCGUGAUGCUGCCGGGCAUCAAGACGGAGAGCGGCCUGGCCCAGAGUCAGUCUCCCCUGCAGACAGGCCUCAGCUACAGCCCCAGUUUCACCACACCCCAGCCUGGACAGACUGCAUACUCACCCUAUCAGAUGCCAGGUUCCAGUUUCACUCCAUCCUCAGGCCUCUACACCACCAACAACUCAGUGUCUAACCCCGCCAACUAUACUGCCACACAGCAGGUACAGGAUUACCCCUCAUACACAACAUUUGGCCAAAACCAGUAUGCCCAGUAUUACUCCGCCUCCACUUACGGGACUUAUAUGACCUCCAACAGCGUGGAUGGCACAGGCUCCACGGCUGCUUACCAGCUGCAAGAUCCCACUCCCGCCAUGACCGGACAGGCCGCUGAACUUCACCCAGGGGACUUUGACGCAGUGCAGAGCCCCUCCACGCCCAUCAAAGAGCUGGAUGAUCGAGCCAGCCGGAGUGGGGGUUCCAAGUCCCGGGGCAGGGGCCGCAAAAACAACCCCUCCCCUCCCCCUGACAGUGACCUGGAGAGGGUGUUUGUUUGGGAUCUGGAUGAGACCAUCAUAGUCUUCCAUUCUUUGCUCACGGGCUCCUACGCACAGAAAUAUGGAAAGGACCCUCCAAUGGCAGUAACGCUGGGUCUUAGGAUGGAGGAGAUGAUCUUCAACUUGGCUGACACACACUUAUUCUUUAAUGACUUGGAGGAGUGUGAUCAGGUACAUAUUGAUGAUGUAUCAUCAGACGACAAUGGCCAGGACCUCAGUACUUACAGUUUUGCAACUGAUGGCUUCCAUGCAGCUGCAACCAGCGCAAACCUGUGCCUGGCUACGGGUGUCCGCGGCGGGGGCGACUGGAUGAGGAAACUGGCCUUCCGCUACCGACGUGUCAAAGAGUUGUAUAGCACUUACAAAAACAAUGUGGGGGGUCUGCUUGGUCCUGCUAAGAGAGACGCCUGGCUGCAGCUCAGAGCCGAGGUCGAGGCUCUGACCGACUCCUGGCUCACCCACGCUCUCAAGUCCUUGUCCAUCAUCAGCUCCAGGAGUAACUGUGUAAAUGUGUUGGUGACCACAACGCAGCUCAUACCAGCGCUGGCUAAAGUUCUCUUAUAUAGCCUCGGAUCCGUUUUCCCUAUCGAGAACAUUUACAGUGCAACAAAAAUAGGAAAAGAGAGUUGCUUUGAACGCAUAAUGCAAAGGUUUGGCAGGAAAGUAGUGUAUGUUGUAAUUGGUGACGGUGUGGAAGAGGAGCAGGCAGCCAAAAAGCACAACAUGCCUUUCUGGAGGAUAUCCAGUCACUCUGACCUGCUGGCAUUACACCAAGCACUGGAGUUUGAGUACCUGUAACUAUUAUAAUAAUACGGACUCAAAGUGGAUGCAAUGUUAUGGACAUGGGUCAGCCAGGCAGCCCUCUUCUUUUGUAAAACUAUUUAAAGAUCAGUACACUGCAGCUGUGUGAUGUUUUUUUUUUUCCUUGAACGCCUGGAUUUACAAACUUUGAAUGGUCUUAAAAAAAAAACUAAAAAAAAAAACAAAGAGGUGAAAGGAGGAAACAGAACAGUGGGGUCAAGACAUGCCUCAACUAAACUAUAGCGCACCCCCUGACGACGAUGCUGGGACAGGCCUCUGUGAAAAGCAUCUUCUGUCCAUGGAGCUGGAGAGGACUGAAACCCUGUACAGGCUGGAGACACCCCCCAACCUCCUUCAGAGGGAGUUUCUUUGGUUUGUUUUGGUGACCUGGGACUAUCUAGCCUCAAAUCAAUGAGGGCUUCUCUAUUCUGGCAGCACUGUAUGCAGGGUAACAGCUGCCCUUUUUUUAAGUGUUUUCUUCCUGGUGGUAUAAUCACAAUAUAAUGCAGUCUGUGGCAGAAACAUGUAAAUUAUUUACAAUAAAUUUAAGGGCAGUGGUGGAUAUUUUGGGGUCUUGUUUUUUUUCCCCCUCUGGAUUUUUGUAUUUUUUCUUGGAGAAACUGAGGACAUGCGUCAUGUGUUGUGCCUUAAUGUGUUUGAAUGUCUUUUCUUUAUUCAGAAAUGUUAUGUAGAUAUAAAGGAGAACACUUAUCCAAAAGACCUAUGCAUCUUGUCUUCCCUAAUGAAAUUUGUAACCUUAUCCACCUAACCCAGUGCUGCAUAUUAGUUCAUUUCCUGUUCCCAGUGGUCAAACCUUGUAUGCAUUUUGUGAAUUAGAUGUGACCAGAGAUUUUCCAGAUAAUAAUGGUGUGAAAUCUGACAUCCCAUAAUUUAAAUUUCUGAAAUGUCAACUCUCAUUCACCUUAACACCACAUUUGUUCUUGACUCUUACUAGUUUUGCCACAAGCUGAGGUAAACAUUUAU